CAUGCCGCAUUUGCUACCCAAUUAUUGUUUUUAUUAAGAGAGCACUCGGGUUUCUGUGCUAUAUAUGGCAAAUAACAUCCGUUGCUCCAUUGAAACAGAGCCCAAGACCUUGAAUCAACUACAACUUAACCAUGCCAGGGAAGUGGCUGCAGAUAUUGUUCAAAGGAUGAAACCAAAUGAAGCAUCCGCUCUAUUCACUGAUCAGCUGCGCUUUAAUGAGGAAUCGAGGCCAUUGGUUCCAGUAAAUCAUGAUCAGGCAGAGAGAAAAACGGGAGGGGAAAAGCAGCAGCUUCAUGCUCAUGAUCAGCCUGUUGGGGGCAAGGAGAUGAAGGUUCACAUCAUUGGAAGAUCUCGCCUGUGCGCCUGCACUACAGAAAAUGAUGUAGAAUCUCCGGAUUAAGUGAGGCUGAGGGAACCCAGGCCACCCUUCUCAGCCCCAUUUUUUUUUUUUUUUAAACUUAUUGUUAUAUAUGUUGUUUGGUGCUCAUGAUCAUCAUUUUUAUAAUGUAUAUACAAUAAUCAUAUGGAAAGAUCAUCAUAAUCCGCAAUAAAACCAUUUCAUUAUCCGAUGGCAAUUUUCCUGAGAGAUGUCUAGUACUACUACUGCUUCAUGCACACCGUAAGUAUCAGUUCAUUUCGAAGGUAGAAGCUGCAAAUUAAAUUAAUUUUCUUGUGAUAAUUAAGGUACAUCAGAUUAUUAUUGGGGAACAUUAAUAUCUUAAAGGGUUGAUGAAUAAUGCUAUAUCAUCUCAAUAAGCUUCGAUUCGGAGUCUCUGUCUGUUUCCAAUGAUCAUGAUCUCCGAUGUAUACAUGCUAGAAACUGGCCGGGAUGGCAAUGGGUUGUUCAAAAGAAUUCAACCAUUUUAUAUUCAGAUCAUGCAAACACGGAAGAUGGAAUUGUCAUGAUCAGAUUAUAAGGCCAUUAGGAUCGAGCAGUUGGUAUUGAUAUGAAUCUUAUGUCUAACAUGCUGAGUUGAAACAAUCCAUCUUUUUCUAGGCAUGUGAAAACGAACAUAACCUGAAAAGAUUAUGUUUCUUCCCAAAAAAGAUUACAAGGGGACAAAAGUAACCUCAAUGGUAGCGAACAGAUGAAGACCAAAAUGUAAGUGGAAGUAGGGUAUUUACGUCAUCUCGGACAUACCCUUUCUAUAAAUAUCGAAGAAUUUUCUUUGGAUUGAGGUUUUGGCUUUCAGAAACCCGAAACAACAGAGUUCAAUCCUCCAGUCUGGCCGGCUACCAAACAGAGGGAUUUCUUAAAUUUUCUAUAGGCUUAUAUUCUGCAGUGCAAUUUCUGUGCAUUAUUGAGGGAUUUUAGCUUCAAGAGCCUGGAUUUGCGCAUCUAAUACUUAGCUACUUUCACAAACCACAGUUUGCAGAUAGUGUGUUUCAAUUUAAAAUAUCCUAAGAUGAGCACCACAGUACAGAAAACUCCCAGAUCUGGGAGACAAUCGUUGUUUUUCCAAGAUUUGGCAUCUCCUGUUUCUGCCAGGAGAGGGAAGUUUUCAAGUCCAGGCCAGGCAGCUGCAGUAUCUGCUCCAUGGCGUGAGAACUUUGCCGGGUCAGAUCUUCCACCUCCUCCUGUUUACACCUUGGAAGACCGCUCAGAUUUUUCUCCUGAAUCUGGGAUUCCAGAUUACCCAAUGUCUCCAGAAGUCAAAUCGGACCCCAGAACUCCGCUUCAAAGUUCUGGUCAGAAUUUUUUGACUUCGGGGAAAACCAAAUCAGAGACAAGCACUUCUUAUGCCCUGAUGGGUCCGCAGCAAAACCAGCAGAGUUCUGCUGGUUUGAGUUGGUGGUCAUCUGCAAAGAGUGGUAGAGAGCAAGAUGAGAAAGGAAAGAGUUCACCGGUUGAGAGUGUGGUUCAGCCUGGUGCUUUGAUCACACUUCCGCCUCCAAGGGAAGUUGCAAGACCGGAGAUGCAGAGGAAUGGCUUGCCUGCAGGGAAUCUCAACAUGGAAGAAUGGGUUACUGUUUAUGGGUUUUCCCCAGCUGAUACAAACUUAGUAUUGAGGGAGUUUGAAAAGUGUGGUGUGAUUUUGAAACAUGUUCCCGGUCCAAGAUAUGCCAACUGGAUGCAUAUUCUAUAUCAGAAUCGAUUUGAUGCUCAGAAGGCUCUCAGCAAAAAUAGCAUGCAAAUUAAUGGGGUACUAAUUGUUGGUGUCAAGACAUUGGAUCCGAUGCAAUGCCAGACGUUGGAUGAAAGGCUUAGCAAUCAGGGAUUCAUGACCUUACCACCUCCUCCACCAUCCACAAAAUCCUCGGACCUGAACACAUCGAAGGCUACUACUCGUCCUUACUAUCUUCUAAAUGGCAAUACCAGUGCACGGCAGUCCAGAGAGGCCAUUGCUUCCCCAACAAAAUCUUUGGACUCCAAAAUCAUGGAUUUGAUUUUUGGAGUUUAGGCGGGCCAACAGUCUUUUAGCCAUUUAUGUGCAAACUGCAACGUCGCAGGUAAUUUAACAUACAGAAUAGAGUUUUAGCACUUAUGUAAGCUUGAAGCACUUUUCUUUUUGCUCCCUCCCCUCGAGAAAUGUUUGGUUUUUUGUUGAAAUGGUGCAAGAUUGAAAGUACCAUUUAGUUCGAGGUUGAUAUGCGAAUCAUGCCAUCUGGAAAUUUUUAAUGUGAAAGCAACAAGAUGCCUUAGCAUGUGAA